AGGUUAUAGUGUUUCAGAGAUUUAUUCUAGUGACAACCCGCCCCAGGAGAUAGAGAAAAAUCCGUGUCUUUGAAGCAAAUUUUUGUUUUAUCGUACUGAUUUUUCAAGACUUGUUGUCGCCAGUGUAUUUUCUGAAACAAACCUCACUAUAACUUCUUUUCCAUCUUCACAAAUUUUCAUCAACGAUUAUAACUUCGAGAGUUUAAUUAACGAAAUUUCAUUUGUCAUAAUUGAUGGAUUUUUGUGCCAGUUGUUGUAUCUAAUUUAUUCAAUUAAUUACCCAACCACAUACAUUUUUGUUGUUGGAACUCUUGCGUACUUACUACUAAAAUUAUACAUCACGACUGCACAAAUCAGCAUCCAAAAAUUUGAAAACUAGGACAGUACGACACUCACCACAGGAUGUUGUGGGUGAGUUGUACAUGAGUACUUCUUGUCGGCAUUGUUAUACGAAACAAAACUACAUAAUCAAGUCGUAGUUUGUUUUACGUUUUACUCUAGGGAACCACAGCGUGCCAGCCAGGAGGGCGGCACAAUAGGCUGUGAGUCCAACUACACUCUCAAACUGAAUUCACGAAAUCAGCAUAAAAAUUUCAUUCCUUUUUUCUCUCAGUAGUAAUAUUUUCAACAUUUUUAACAUCGGCAGACGACUCCAAUUUAACUAAACCAAGAAGAACUUCGGCGACGAAGAAGGACAGAACUCAGAUUUUUAUCAACACGUAAGAAUUUUCACUUUUUCCAAUUUUAGAAUAACUCAAUAAAUCUCACACGAAGACAAAAACACAUCAUCAUUUUUUUGAAUCUUUACAGCGUGGUAAGCACCACCGCGCAGCAGCAGUGGAAGCCCUUUUGGCAGCAGCUGCAUUAUACGAACUUUUUUCAUUUUUCUAAAACAUUUUUUGCGGAUGAUUAAAAUUUUUCCUGCACGACCGACCACGCCCAUCAUGAAGACGGGAGGAACUACACCAGGGAAUAGGGGGAGCAGAGGAAAAAUUUCGUCCGGACAACAACCACUGCACCGGAGCCGCAAGACGAUAUCAAUCACGAGCUCCAACAAACCCCACGCGUCAAGAACGGCGCUUGCGGCUACCGCAACUACCUUCUGUUGUAAUGGAGGUCCAACUUCCGCGCUCCUUUCCCUCUCAGCCUGCUCAUCCCCAUUCGUAUUUUUGCUAACCCACGCCCAGAAGCUUCGUGGCCAAGACCAGCAGGACAAGAAGGCCGCAGCUGCUGCCGCAUCAACUGCCGAUAAUUCUGCAGCGGGAAGUUCUUGGGGCCGCGACUGGGCGUGGCCGACUGUGCACAGCCUGCUCUAUGAUAAUGCGCAGGAUGAAGAGCAGGCCCACCGGGCCGUCGAGCAUGCGGACGACGAACCCGCCCGGCCCUCCGAGCGGCUGGGCGGCUCUGGGAUGGAGCUAACGGGGAAUCCGCCCCAGGAGCACUACACACAGCGCCAUUCCGCGGCCGCGAAGGCGGGGUUGCCGGACAUCUCCGACCAACUGUGUGAGGCCGCGAAGCUGGCGAAUUCCAUGGUGCACAAAAUGGUGCACCGGUUCGAAACGCACGAGGGACUCAAAGUGCAGGGCGUACACGGCCCCCACGAGCUCGGCGGGAAGGCGGACGAAAUCAACUACGUCCCGCACGGGCUGGCCUCCGGUAGUCUGUGGGUGGUGGCCGGCGGGUCGACCACGACGGGGUUUGUGGUAUCAAAUGCAAAAGUGUCUGGGACUGGGAGAUUGCGUUUGCGAUAUUUGCCAUGCUAGUCUGGUAUGACUCUGAAAUCAGUAUUGCGUGGCCGCGAAGAGCUCCUCUCGCCUGUCAUGCAAAAAUGCAGUUUCUCAUGCGGAGUUCGCAACUCAGAACCACGGAAAAACUUGCCAUGCUGUGCAGCGCAUUACAGAGCGCUCACUCUACUUCCGUUCUUUGCAUCACAAGUUUCCAGACCCAGACAUAUUUACAAUGCAUAUGCGGAGGAAGUCGAUUACUACGUGCGGAACCAGACCAAGCUGGGCGUGCACAUCGGCCCGCCGUUAGUCAUGGACUCGGCCUCUAUGCACGGGAUCGGGCUGUUGCGGCAAAACGAACUGGAGAAAACCGUGCAGGACCUGCAGUCCAUGAAACCCUCCAAGCGGGCGGUCUUCUGGAAAGUUUUGUCCGCGGGAUUUGCGUCGCUCGCGACCCGGGCGAAGGCGUUCACGAACUAUCCACGGUAAAUUUCCCGUACACGACGUACAAAUACAGUCUCUGCAUGACAAAACUUGGCUUCGAUCCUAGAUUAGCAUAACAAGUUUGACGCUCCAAAUUGGUAGAAUUUGUGAUGCAUCUUGUACAUGUACGGAAAAUUUGUAUUGCAUACGAACAAAACCGAGGUCAUGAAGCUAGACCUGGACCGGUUGGAGUAUGACAUGGAGGAGGUGAAAGAAAACCGGGACAUUAUGCAUUGCAAAUAUGUCUGGAUCUGGAAACUUGUGUUGCUGAUUCUUGCAUUGCAGACUGGCUACUUGUACGGCAUAACAGCAUGAUAAAUUUCCCUCGGCCCUCCUUGCGGAUUCAUUCGCAUUUAGCAUGGCAAACUGCCUUCCAGCACGAUAAAAAAAAUGGUCAAUCGUAUUCCUGCAUCACAGAUCUUGUUGCCCAUCUCCUUUAGGGUUUGGGUUUAGGGUUUAGGGUUCAGAGCGGUCGGACGACGACGCAGGCGAAGAGAGAAAGCCCAACAGAAAAGCACCACCAGCGCCGGCAGCCGCGGCAGAAGAGCAACCAACAGCAAAGGCCCCGACACAGAAAAAAACAAAGGGCGCGGCUGGGCCGAAACCGAAGCCACCAGUAGCCACGACAGCAGGAAAAGCCCCAGCAAAAGCUCCGGAACAGAAAAAGGCGAAGGGGGCUGCCGGACCGAAGCCGAAGGCAACGGAAGCCAAACCGCCGAAACCCAAGGCGGGCGGAAAGAAGAGAUCUGCAGAGGAGGCGGAGGCGCUCCCGGGUGUGGCAAGCAAAAAACAGAAACAAACCAGCAAAAAACAGGAGGAAGCCAACCCAGCGAGAAAAAAGCCACCACCUAAACAGAACGAGGCGCCGCGACAGGCCGCUAAUUCCGCAGCGGAAAACACCGCAGAAGCGGCGCCACCGAAGAGCGAGCAAGCCGAGACACGGAAGACCCACGGAACAGAGCAACUGGCUACGCAGGGAGAUCGGGAGGACGCGAAAUCUGCAAACGGGCUCGGCGGGAGGGCCGAAGCAGACAAGCAGGAAACAGCGGCAACAGAGAAAAGCAAGGCACAACCGGCGAGGCCAGGUGCCAUGUUUACGUCGACGAGCCAGUUCUCGAUGGUCGGUGACCUGUUCCGCGAACUGGAACGCAGCCGGAACAACAGCAACCAGCCAGCCUCUCACUCCUCCUCAGCCUCUUCCUCCUCGUCCGCAAAUACGAAAGCCAAGUAAAAAAAAGAAGAAAAGAAGAACCCCACUCGUCGAACCCCGGCGGAUACCCCCUCAAGCCCAUCCCUCCCCGCAUAGUAGUACCCCUUACCUACAUGAAGAGCGAGGGACCUCGUAGCACCAGGCGGAAUGGAAAAUAGUAGCUACCCCCAGACGAUAGCAAAGUAGCGAACGACGACCCGGAGUGCGCAGAAUCGGUUGUAGACAUGGCGGCAAAUCGACCGACGAAAAAGAGCGCGCGAGAUAACCACACUGAAACCAAGCAGACACCUGACUGACGUUUUGUACAUAUAGAGCUGCGCAAAGAUGCAAAAAAAAAGAGAAAAAGGGAAAAAGCGCAAGCCGUCCGGCGGGGCGGCCGCUCCUAUCCAUCACACAUCGGGGCACUCGAUGUUCCUGUUCGGUCCCGGCGACGACGAGGGGUAGCGAGAGCCACAGCACGGAGCGACACAGAGGAAAAGAGAGUAAUCCAAAAACGCAUGGCCUCACGUACGUACACUUCUGCACUUUUGUCUUUGCUCCCCGAAAGGGGGUUUCCUGAGGGGGGGGGUGCGGGAAGUCUAAAAGCAAAUGGAACGAAAGCCGCCUGCAAACGAAGCGAUCAAAAACCACGGCAGAAGCGAUGUCAUGUGGGUGGUGUGGUACAGGGGCGAUUGCGAUCCCCCAUUAGGCAUGGCGAUAGCAAGGGCGUUGCACGACGCGAAGAUCUGUCAUGCAGUUUGAACGAGCCAGAACCAAGCCCCACAGUCAAGACGACAACAGCGGCAAAGUGAUCAGCCUUCGGGCGUGCGCGAUGCUCGUUCCAUCUACUUUUUCGACGAUUCACUUCCUUCACCAGGGCCUUGCUCAACCCUGGACCAGAACGAGUAGGACCAAGGACCCAAGAGGUAGGCACUGUAGCGGAAAGUUGGAGCAAAAAAUUUUUUUUUUUGAAAAAGAACCCAAUAGGAGCCGACCUGCGUGGAUGGUUAUAAAACAGGUAGCCUGACCCCAAAUGGCAAUGAUCAUUGGGAGCAGCAGAGCGCAGCAGGACCCCGGGACUGCAACAGCUCACCCCUGUUUUAACUUAGAAUCACGCAGUGCUCCGAGUAUGCCACUACCUCGACCCCUCAAGAAAAGAAGUAGCCCCCCCAACUACAUCACCGCCGUCCGCGAUCAGGAUACGACUUGUACUAACCAACAUUGUACCAACCGAGAUCCCGCGGGGCACAGGGUCUGGGCGGCUCGAAGCAGAACGUGCAGCACAAGCGGGAGACAACACAUCCAAAGGUGGGGAUGGUCUCAGGUCGUUCAGGUCCGCCAAGGGUUGCGUCGCGCUAUCAGGGUUUCGCCAACUCCGCGGGGGCGUUGCGGGUAACUCCCUAAAACACCAAAACCGGCAGAAAUUAGGGCCGGCAGUCCGGGUAAUUGCUCACCAGUCGUUUUGUAUGACGAACCAAGAGGUGCAACGCGAACAGAUAGGCAUGAAUUUAGCAUCUCCGGCUGGUAGAGCAAUCGGCUACCGAGGUACGUCAGGGGGCGUAGCUACAUCAAUCAAUCAAUCUCCUUCUUGAGGUCUUGCAUUACAAAUCCAGACCAAGAUCGAUAUUUGCACUGGAUUGACAUUAUGGUCAAGCAAAAGUACCAAACCCUACAAGUUCUCACGAAGCAACGCAAGAUCGUGGAACGGUUUCGGGACGAGAAAAACACUACUACCAGUGCCACAGCGGCGGCGGUGGAACAAAAUCAAAAUCCAGCGGAAAAUCAAAAUUCUACCGAAGGUAAUGGUCAAACCGGUGCUGGCGGUGCAGCGGCGACCUCUAGUACAACGACCAAGAAGAAAUUUAAGCCCAAGGCGUUCAACAAACUUCCGAAGCAGGAACUGGAGCUGCUGCAGUCCCCGGGGUUGCAGCCCUUUCUGGACGAGCGGCUGAAGUUCGAGAACUUGGACACCUUGAGUCUCUAUCAAAUGCAAAUAUAAUGUCUGGGUCUGGAAGGUUGCCAGGUUUGUCAUGCAUAUUUUGCCUGACUCAGGAUGUCUGUAAUGCAUGACGUAGCGUCACAGAUUUUUAGAGACCUUCGCGACUCCUAUUCCGCAUGACAAAUGCCCUCCCCGCGUAGCACAAACUGGACUCCUCAUCUUGCUGGUAAUGCAAUACAGAUUUUUUUAGAGUCCGAAGUUAGCAUCACAAGUUCCAAGCUUCCAGAGGACCCAGACGUGUUUGCAAUGCAUAGUCUCGAAGAGCUCACCGAACAGCUCGAACUGUUGGAUGACGCGCACAAGCAACUGUCGCAGACCCCGAUUCCCGAGAUGCCCGCCACCGGAAAGCCGCGCAAGGAGAAAAUGCCGAUGGCACUCGACGACUCCCCCUUGCAGGUGGAGCUUCACUAUGCAAUACAAAUUUCCCGUACAUGUACAAGAUGCAUCACAAAUUUCACCAAUUUGGAGCGCAAGACUUGUCAUGCUAAACUAGGAUCGAAGCCAAGUUUUGUCAUGCAGGGACCGCAUCUGUACGUGUGCGGAAAAUUUACUGUGGAUAUACACUCGAAUCGCUUCACGAACGAAGACGACCUUGGCCCGGAGCUGUUUGUCGCCCUGAAGCCCUUCGUGAUAUGGAUUGCAAAAAUGUCUGGGUCUGGAAGGAUGCAAGGUUUGUCAUGCUUGUCUGGCAUGACUGAAGAGUUUGUGAUGCGUGUCCACGAAGAAGAGACACUUUUGUUUGUCAUGCGAAACGCAGUUUAUUGUCAUGCGGAAAGCGCAACACUAAGCAGCGCCGCAAAUAUUUCUUGUCAUGCUUGGCUGUGCAUUACAAAGAGUUCACUCUUUUUCACAACUCAGCAUUACAAGUUUCCAGACAUCCAGACACUUUUGCAGUUGAUACGUGACUAUGCACGACAAGAAACACCCGGCCUCCGGCGAGCGAGUCAAGCGGCCCGCAGUGGUGCCGAAAGCGGAGCAGGCGGCGCUGAAGAACGAACAGGAGGAGAGCCCCUCCACCACCACGCGCAGUGCCAGCGGUAGUGCCAGCCGGACGCCAGAACACUCGUCCACCGCUAUCCUGAGUAAAAACGUCCCCACCUUCUACCCAGAGUCAAGAUGGGGACUUUGCAACACAAACCUAGGAGUUUUCUUGGGAGUCACGCAUGACAAGUUACAGUCCGUCUCCGUAAGGUAGUGCAAGUUACUAGCAAGGAAAGCCGCAUCACAAGUCGAUCUGCUGGUCCUGUUUAAUACAGCAUUACAAGUUCCUAAACACGCGUGAAAAUGCCUGUCAUGGGGUUGUGCGUCACAAAUGUUGCUGUCAUGGCAAAUCUGCAGGACAACUCUGGGGUGGGGAUGGUUUUACUCAGGAUAGCUGGGGGUUACUCCACCGCGGAUUCCGCCGGAAAAGUGGUGUCGGACGAUAUCCUGUGCAAAAGUAUCGUACUCGUAUAAAUGCAUUACAAAUUUCCUCAGCAUGAGAAAGAAAAUUUGUAAUGCUGAUUUGCCUUGGUAACAAGAUUUGUGAUGCAAGACUUGCAUUUAUACGAGUGCGAUGCUUUUGCAUUCCAUAGACGGCCCUCGUCCUUCUGGGUCGGAGGCCCACUCGGACGAGGGCUCGCACUCGUCGCACUUAUGGCGUUCUCAACUGUUACAUUCUCAGCUGUUGCAUGGGUUUGUGAUGCAAGAAUGGCAAAAGUCAAAGCAGGGAGGUUGCACCUGUAGCAUUACAAAUUCCGCACAGAUUUAGGUGCUGUUUAGCCUUUCCAAAAUUUGCCAUGCGAAGUAGCUUCACCUUGUGAGUGUUGAUGUUCGUUUUGCAUUACAAAUCAUGUAACAGUUGAGAGUGUAACAGUUGAGAACGCCAUACCAUUCCGGGUCCGAAUCGGAGGGGUCGCAUUCGCACGACCGGGACGAGCACGAACAACCAAAUUUGGACGUGGAACAAAUGGACCCAGCGACGGAGGGCGAUCUGAACGACGAUCCGGAGCUUCCCUCUGAAGCAGAUGGGUACGGGGAGUAUGGGGAGUGCGAAGACGACUGUGAUGAGGACAUGAAGCACAAAUCCGCCGAGGACAUCCAGGAUUCCUUCGAACUUUUCCGUUAUGAAAUGCAAAAAUGUGUGGGUCUGGAAACUUGUAAUGCUGUGUGGCGUAUCAUGAGGAGGCCACAAUUGCUGGCUCAGCAUGACAAGUUUCUGAGCUUCUAGGUGUUUUGCCUAUUUUGCAUCACAAAUUACGUUUCUGCAUCACAGAAAAAUGGAGCUCUUGGGUAACGUGCAUGACAGAUUUGAGAGUCAUACCAGAUCGAAGCAUGACAAACUUGCGCUCUACUUCCAGGCCCAGACAUUUUUGCAUUCGAUAUCCGCCUCCAAUUCUUCUCCCGCGCCGUCUGGAUGUACGAGCUGACCGGGGUGCUGCAGGGCGUCGCGGUAUGCAGUGCAAAAGUAUCGUACUCGUAGUAACUGCAGCAAUGCAUUACAAAUCUAGGUUGUUAAGGUAAAUCCGCAUUACAAAUUUAGUUUGUAAUGCUGAGAUUAUUUGUAUUGCGAUUUAUACUUAGUACGAUAUUUUUGCAGUUCAUACGCGCAGGCCGCCGACGAUUUCGAGAUCAAGGAAAAGCGCCGGUACGCAGAGGAGCAGCGCAAGCGGGUCCUGCACCUGGGUGCGAAGGAGGAGACGGAGGAGGAACUGCAGCAGCGGCUGCACAACGAACACCUCCAGAUCAAUGCGGAGCUGGAAAAACGGACCAUCAAAAUCACCUUCGUCUAUUUCGACCACAAGUUCACCGCGGAGGAACACCAGCAGCCCCCGCGCCACCUGUACGUCAAAAUCCCGAUGUUGUGGUGCGUGCGCAACGUGGAAUUCUGCAAUCACGGGGUGCACACCUGGACCAAGCGCGCCUUCACCCAUUUGAAGCACCCGAUCGGCCGCGAGUCGCACAAGCUGCCGGAAUAUCAACUGCAAAAGUAUCGUACUCGUAUAAAUGCAUGACAAAUUUUCUCAGCAUGAGAAAUAGAAUUUGUAAUGCGGAUUUACCUUAAAAAAAGAUUUGUAAUGCAGAAAUGCGAUUAGUACGAGUUCGAUACUUUUGCACAGGAUACAGAAGAGGAAUCCUUUUUCUCGGUGUCCUUCAAACCGGACAAUCUCGCGGAAGUACCAAUCGCAAAUAUGUCUGGGUCUGGAAUAAACUUGUGAUGCAAGGAAGAAAAUACUGAAAACACUGUAAUGCGCUGCCCAGCAUGACAAAUAGUUUCGCUGUGGUUCAUCUGAGUUGCGUACUCCGCAUGAGAAACUGCACUUUUGCGCGACAGGAAAGAGGAGCGCUUCGCGGCCACGCAAUACAGAGUUCAGAGUCAUGCCAGACUAGCAUGACAAAUAUAUCUCCCAGACCCAGACAUGUUUGCAGUUCAUAGGAGGUGAACGAGAACGACGCGCUGAAGGGGGCGGACAACUCCUACUUCUUAUGCAUUGCAAAAGUAUCGCACUCGUAGUAAUUAUCGCAGUCAUGCAUGACAAACCUCCAUCCCAAGGUAAAUCAGCAUGGCAAAUUCGCCUUUGUCAUGCUGACCCAAUUUGUAAUGCAAAAAUUACUACAUAGUUAUGGUUAUGCGAUGCUUUUGCAGUUCAUACUUUUCCGUGCGCGACAUUUCGCGCCUUCUGCACGACCGGCUGCCGACGGGGGAGUUGAUGUCCCUGGACCAUGACGAGUCGGGGGUGAUUGACUAUCACGCGGGGCUGGACAUGACGAAGGAAUUACACUCCCUGAUGGAAAACUCCUCGCCCUUCAUGGUCCAGCAGUGGCUGCAGCCGGGCACCAAAGCGAAAAACGGACAACUGAUUUAUGCGAGGCAAAUGUGGUUGUUGUGUUUUUCUUCAUCUCAUCCCGCUCAUUUCCUCGAUAUUCUGUUAUAUAUCAGACUGCUGUGAGUAAGAAAGUAUUUAUUUUUUUGUCACGUGCGGCGAACCUUGCAGCUGCUCCUGAGAUUUCGCACUACAACUUCAUGCGCACCAGCUUCUGAUGUACCAAAUCAGAUGAAGAAGUAUCCAUGAUCAAAAAUUGCAGCAAGGCACCCGCUAGUUGCUCCAUUCAGGGUCUUGAGGAGCGAAGUGCUGUACUGGUGCUGCGCCUGUUGACACAAUACAGAUUUCAAGAUCUUCCUCCUUCUUUUUGUUAGUACACUGCUAGCCGGUGUCAAAAACGCUAUAUAAUUGAAAACUAACGACAUAUUUGCCCCAAAACUGCAUACUAUUCCGCCCAUCUCGAAGAAUCCCAAACUACACGGGAACGCAGGCAUGACAGACGAGGAAGCGCAAGCGAAGCGGUCGCACGUUUGGAAGCACCUGCAGCCAAUUUUCGCGGUGCCGACCUCCCGGUCCAUCAAGGGCAAGGUGCGGGUGUCCAUAUCCACUGCAAAAGUAUCGUACUCGUAUAAAUGCAAGUCUUGCAUUACACAUCUUGUUCCCAAGGAAAAUCAGCAUGACAAGUUCCAUUUUAUCUCGUGCUGAGCAAACUUGUAAUGCAGUUUAUACUAAGUGCCUUGCUUUUGCAGUUCAUAGUCCAGUCCGCGCACCGACAAACUGCUGGGGGAAAUGAAGGGGAACCGGUUCGAGGAGGAUUGGUUGGAGUCGCUGGUGAUAUCAAAUGCGAAUAUGUCUGCGUCUGGAAAUUUGUGAUGCAUGUCAGUGAAAAGAAAGCACACUGUAAUUAUUCACCGCGAGGCAUGACAGAUUUAUGUUUAUCCUUGAUGGCUCCGUGUUGCAGCGUAUUCGGCAAGACAAACAGCGUUUUUGCAUGACAGAUAAGAGGAGCUCUUGCUGGCCACGCAAUACAGAGCUCAGUGUCAUGCCCGACUAGCAUGACAAAUACCGCAUCCUUCCAGACCCAGACAUAUUUGCACUUGAUAGGUGAGUUACAAAAACAAGAUCACCACGCCCUUCUUCACGAGCACGAUUCAUCACAUGAACACGAAAGUGGUGGUGUGA